GAACAGCUGUCAGAUCUUCGGAGAGCAGUCAAGACGAAUGGACGUGCUUCUCCGCCGAUUACACAUAUUAUCGUUACGCUACUUAUGUACUGACGAUCUCGUGGUGCCGACGUUACUGAAUAAAUGGCUUCUUAUUUCCUACUCUUUAAGCCUUGAGUCUCUUUAUUUCCAUGGCUCGGGAGCGCGCGUUACUAUCCGAGUGCAAUCUCGUGCAUCGGGCGCAACAUUUUGGGAGCUCGUCCGGGAUCAGAGGGUCUCGGAUGAUUCGUUCACCGAUCGUCACGAGAGGGAGAGCUCGAAUGCAGAGUCCGGAAGGAUCGAUAACGGCGAAGCCACGAGAUAUGGAGAUAACAGCGGAGGAGAUAACCCCGCAGAAUCAGGAGACUUCCUCGACGCAGACGGCGCAGCGUUGCAGACAAUGUUACGGGAGAUGCGACAACUGCGUGAGGAGCAGCGGCGAAAACGGGGGCGGCGUUUGCGGAGACUCAACGUCAGCAGAAUGAGCAGAUCUUCCAAUUACAAGAGAGACUGCGUCAGAUUCCUGCAAAUCAGUUUCAGAUUAUGGUCUUCGGCCUUGUACAUAGAACAUCUGGCGUGCAAGGCGCACAAUAAAUAAAAUAUCGGC